AUGUCCUGGGGUUCAGGUCCUCCUGCUAAACGUGGACGGAUUGAGAUGAGUUCUCCGUAUCAGCCGAUGAGCCAACAGGAGGUUCAGAUGGAGUUAAAGAAGAUUAAUCCGAACCUAUCGGAGAACAAGAUAAUCCUUCUCACUGUUCUCAAUGCUGUUUAUCCGGUUAAUGUAGAGCUUGUUCACAAGAUCUGUAAGCCGAUCAGCGAACCUGUUCGGAUUGUCAUCUUCCAGAAGUAUUUUCUCCAGGUUCUUGUUGAGUUUGAUAGUAUUGAGACUGCAACUAAAGCUAAGUGUGAGCUGCAUAGCUGUGAUAUAUAUCCUGGAUCUUGUACCAUCAAGGCAGAGUUUGCCAAGGCAGAUAAACUCAACGUCAAGCGGAACGACUCAAUGACGUGGGAUUUCACCGUUAAUCAAACCUUCAAGGCUGAGGAGGAGUUGGGCGGAGACACUCAUCGAAAGGUUCUCAUCAGCCAACCUCCGCCAGUUGAAACUACUAGAACAGCAAUGUUUGACAACCCCUUAGCUUCUAAAUCCCUUGGGAUGGGUUCGACAGGACUAGGAAACAGUGGCGGAGCUGGGUUUGGUUCUUCUGUAAACCAAACCUACAUGAACUAUAUGCAGAAUAUGAACAAUUCCGGCGGAACAAGUGGAAACAACUUCGAUUGGGGCGGAGGCUAUCAAGGCGGAGGUAGCGAAAGCGGCGGAAAUUAUUUAGAAAAUAGAUCAGGAUAUCAUGGCGGAAGCAGUUCUUCGUUCCGUGGAGGAUCAGGAUAUCAAGGUAGAUCUAGCUCCGGGUACCAGUCAGGAGCGGGAGGCGGAGAAUUCUCUAGUGGAACUGUAUCAGUGGUCAUGUUGUAUGGGUUGGACGACAAGUUUAACUGUAUGGGGGUAUUUAAUCUCUUGUGUCUCUACGGGAACGUAUUGAAGGUCAGCUUUAUGCGGAACAAGCCUGGCUGCGCUAUUGUUGAGAUGUCUGAUCCUACCUCUGUGGACAGAGUGCUUAAAAACUUAAACGGAGCUAUCAUUUUCGGAACCAAGAUUAGUAUGGAACGCUCCAGGAAACCCUACGUAGAGGAGAUAAGAAAACCCCAUGAGCUCUAUGACGGGUCUCCGUCCUACGUAAAUUUCUCAGGGUCUAACAACCAUAGGUUCGACACGGAGGAGAAGGCAAUGAAGAACAGGAUUGUUAGUCCUACCAACGUUCUACAUUUCUACAAUGUUCCUCAGAUGUCUGACGACGAGCUGACAGCAAUUUUUUCCAAGGUUGGUGGUCCCUGCCCACACAGUAUCAAGUGGUUCGACGCCAAAGCAUCGGCAAGGACGAUGACCGGCCUGCUCAAGUUCGACGACGAAAUGGAGGCUUGUGAGGCGAUAGUAUUGGCUAAUCAUGCUCCAGCGGUUAAACCUGGACAUGGAAGUAUUCAUGACAUGAAACUAUGUUUCUCUAAAACCAGAGAUUCUUAA